UACAGACCCUCCCCAUAGCAAGAACCCUGAAAGUAGGUGUCAUAUUUGAGGCUCGAAAAUCCACCUUCACCAGCUAACCUGACAGGAAUUUUUCAGUGUGACCGUGGCCAAAGUGAAAAUUUUCGACAUGAAAAUCGCCUUGUUUUUGUUGCUUCUGGUUGUGCAUAGCACGGAUGCCAAAAUGGACAUCAUCACCAGCAAGCAAGAUAUUAAAGUUGGAGAGGAGCUUUUACUUUUCUGUAAAGCUGGGGGAGAAGGACAUAUAACAUGGCAAAGGAAUGGCGAGGACAUCGAUGAAGAGUUGAUAUCAACAGUGGAUGAGUCCUCUUCGAAACUGGUCAUCAAGAGUGCCUCUGUGGAGGAUGCAGGAAGGUACACCUGCCUGUGUGAAUUUGACAACGGCCACAUGGAUGAUGUUCAGACACAGAUUUAUGUUUACGAGGGUCCAUCAUUUGAAAACACCCCCACCUACCAUGAGUUUUUGGAGGGCACAGAUGGAGCGGUGCCUUGUCGGGUGUCUGGCCAGCCGGCGGUGGAAGUCCGUUGGACGUACAGCAAGGAGAUGCCGUCUCGUGGAAAAAAUGUGCAGCAGCUGCCUGAUAACACGCUCCUCAUUGAGAAAGUGAAGCGACAGGAUGCUGGGAUGUACGUGUGCCAGGCCCAAAUCAGAGGGAGGCCCGUCUUUCAACAGCUUCCCAUAUCUGUUGUAGUCAAUGCUCCUCCCACUGUACAUCUGAAAGAAGAGGUGAAGAAAGUCAUCGCUGGACCAGAAACCAACGUUUCCUUGCUCUGUUUGGUCGACGGCCAACCGAAACCCAAUAUCACCUGGAGCAUGCCAGCAUUAUACGACCCCAGGCAUCACAAGUUCAACUCUGACCGCAGCCAGUUGAUCAUUAGGUCCGUUGUCAGGGACGACUACGGGGAAUACAUCUGCACCGCAACCAACAAGAUUGGCGAAAGCAGUGCUACCGUUAUGCUUCACGUCUUUGAGACCCCAGAGGUGUCUUUGUCUGUAGAGCAGCAGAAUGUUAGUGUGGGCGAGAGCGUGGCAGUGGCCUGUAAUGUCUCUGGACUUCCUCAGCCAGACCUGCACUGGCUCAAUAAGCGCAAUGGACAAACCCUGGACUCACCUUCUGGUCGUAUCCGUGUCGAGGGCGGCAUUUUGAUGAUUGAUUCAGUCGUGCCAUCUGAUGGUGGCCUCUAUUCCUGCAUGGCUGUUGGAAGCAUCGGCAAUGCAUCAAGAGACGUUGCAAUUCACACCCAGCCUGGUCCACCUCCCUACCUGUCAGUCUCACCUGGACCUGCCUCAGUCUUUUUCUCCCUCAAAACACCACCCAUCAAUGGGGGAACACCAAUUACAAACUUCAUCCUGCAAUGGAGACAAAAUGCAGCCGAGAAAUGGCAAGAAGUCACCGUACCAGCCUCAGAUACCCUGGCAGUGACCUCCCUCAUGCCCUACACAUUAUACACUGUGCGUUUGGCUGCCUUGAAUGCAGCAGGACGCGGCCAAUUCUCAGAUGCAAACUCUGUCCGAACCCUAGGAAUACGAGGUGAACCAGACAGCCCAGUUUUGUCAUGUGAUGAGAUGAAAGUAGGGGGCAACUCCUUCUUCAUCCCCCUCAAGCAAACUGAUCAUGGCGGCACUCCUCUCCUGCACUACAAUCUCCGAUAUCGUGAGGAUAAAGAUCGGGCUGAAUGGAAAAAGAAGCAGCUAUCGUCCAACACUGACUCCAUUACCCUCAUAGACCUGAACUUUGGCGCUGACUAUCAACUGGAAGUCACAGCAAUCAAUGCUAACGGUUCCUCGCUCCCUGUAACAUUCAACUUCACCAUUGCAGAGAAACCUGUGCGAAGCAGCAUGACCAAAGGCAGCGUGGCGGGCAUCGUCAUGGUGAUCUUCUUGGUGAUUUUCUUGCUGGUGGAUGCCACUUGCUGCUACAGAAACCGCUGUGGCCUGCUUAUGUCCAUCGCUGUGAAACUUUUUGGACAGAAAGUUCCAGGCCUCAAAGGGUUUGAAGAAGGAGAGGGGGGUCCUAAUGGGGAAGUCAAGAUGAAUGGCGUGUCCACUCCAAGAAGCGACAGACGACAAAUGGAAGUUCAGACACUUCCCUCCAAGGAAGGCGGCACACUCACAGAGGUCACCUGUGAUAAAGCCUCUCUUACUAAACAUGAGAAAAUUCAGCCAGACAGAAAUGUGCCUGCGGCAGAUGCAUGAGCCCAACAUCUAAAAAAGAGAAACAAAGAGGCAACAUCAAAUCUAACCUUUUUGAUGAGAAGAUAAUUCGAAGCAGAAAUUUGAAUUGUCAACAGUACAGUAUAAACAAAUGAAUGAUUAUUUGUCUGAUUCCUCUGUGCUGCUGGUGUAUGAACAUUAAGAGGACAAGAAGCAAGUUGAGCAUCUCUUGACAUCACACCUUCUCAUCAUGAAAAUCUCCCAGUUGGUAGGAACUUCAAGAAGACAGUCCAAAGUGACAAGUGAUAUUUUAUGUCAUGUUGUUGUUAGUUUGCUGGCUCGGUUGAGUUUAACCUAAACUGUAAUGCAUUCAUGCUAGGGUAAUCUUGAGAUCGGUCUUUUACAGGGUAAAGGUGUUUGUAAUUUAUUCUUGAAAUGACAAUGUUCUCAAAUAAGCAUGCUUAUGUGUUGAAUGUUAAAAACAAACAAAGAUUUGUUUAUUCCGAACAGGAUCAAGUAAAGCUGUUUAACAUCAAAAAUGCCUGUCUGUGCAGCACGGCGCAGUACCGGUAGUUAGUCGCUGGCUGCGUCACAAUCAACAGGCUCCUGGUUAGAAUCUUAGCUGAGGCUAACCUGUGUUGAGUAUGUAUGGUCUCCCUCUGUUUGCUUGAAUGUCUCCGUGUACUUCCAUUGCUUCCUAUAUUUCAUAAAAAAUAAAAAUAAAAAAAACAUUACCUUCAUUGCAGUUUCUAAAUGACCCAUUGGUGUGAAUGGUCGCUUGUGUAUUAUGAAUGUGCUCUGCAAUUCGCCGGCGGUGAGUCGUGUGUAGACCAGUACAGAGUAGGCUCACUCACCAUUAGCUGGGAUAUGAGCUGGCUGAUCGGACAUGCACUGUUGAAAAUGGAUGAAUGAGCAUUUCAAUGAAUGGAUGGAUGGAUAUUAACUUUUUAGAAAUACUUUGCUGAGGCUGCUAUCCUGAUUUUCAUGUUGAGCUAUAACCAACUAGCAUAGGCCAUUCAACAUUUAUCACUGUUAGGAAAAUACUGUGAUGUAUAAACAGGACUAAUGCAAUAAGAACAUGAACUAAUAUAUUUUAAAGAAACUCAUAGUUUAUACUCUCGUUUGAGUCUGCCUAUUGGAUAAACUCUGAUGCAGCAUUUUUACUUUGACAAAAAGUUGAUCAUGCUCACAAGUCAUACAAGCUGUGUGUGGUUGUAAAUAUGUACCGGUAUGUUUUGUUAAUCACUGUCUGAGCUAUAUCCAGUAAAAAUAUUAACA